GUUUAUGGAUUUUUUGGGGUGUAUAAUCCGCUCUCUGCAAAUCAGUACGCAGCAGUAACACGCCAUCUGUUAGCUCGGAAGCUGUGACUCAAAUAUUGUUAAGAUCGGCGAAAGAGAUUCGAAGCGCUGGGCUGGUGGCGUCGGCGCCCCUCCGGAGCCUGUCGUCCGCUUCGAUGGACUGAAGCUCUACUCUCUUCAUCCACCAGAAUCAAAGCUGAAGUCCGCAAAUAUGUGGGAUCCCUCUUUUUUAAAAAAGUAAACCGGCCGCAUUACACUUUCGCUGGCUGAAUAAUAAAUAACCAGUGUGUCAUUCGUGCGUGGUUUCGCGGGGAAUUGUGCAAAAAAAAUGAUGAAUUUGAGUGCAAGAAGCCGGGAGCAAUAGAGGAGGAAACUGCAUUUGCUUUUCAAUUGAUGGAACCUUUUGAAUUUGGAAACGAAGGGGAUUGAACGGUCAAGGGUUUAAUUUGGCGUAAUACCGAAAUGGGAGAGAACAUGUCGAAGAGGUUAAAGCUGGUGUCGGGCUCGGACUCGGAGAUGGAGGAGCGCUCCUUCGUCAACCCAUUCCCGGACUGUGAUCAGGGGGUCCUCACAUCCUCCAAUUCGGCGACGGAGGAUGACGCCAGCGAGCCUUUCGAUGCAAAUGGAAAGAUCAGCGAGACCUUCAACAAGAAGGUCCAGAACAAAAUCAAGGAUCUGCUGCAACAGAUGGAGGAAGGCCUGAAAACCGCUGAUCCACACGACUUCUCAGGCUACACUGGCUGGACGGGGAUCGCGCUUCUCUACCUCCAGCUCUAUCGCCUCACUCAAGACUCGAGUCACCUGCAGAGGGCGCUGGACCACGUCAAGCGGACCCUGCGCAACCUGAAUGGCCGACGGGUGACGUUCCUGUGCGGCGACGCCGGGCCACUCGCAGUGGGGGCCGUGGUGCACCACAAGCUGAACAACCGCACCGAGUCAGAGGACUGCAUUGUCAAGCUCCUUCAGCUCCAGCGCUCUGUCACCCUGGACUCGGACAUCCCCGACGAGCUGCUCUACGGCCGUGCCGGGUACCUCUACGCCCUCCUCUAUGUCAACAAAGAGAUCGGCCCCAACACAGUGGAGGAGGCCGUCAUCUCCAAGGUGGUGGAGGCCAUCCUGGAGUCGGGGAAGAGGCUGUCCACGGCAGAGAAGAAGACCGAGCGCUGCCCCCUGCUGUACGAAUGGCACAGGAAGCAGUACGUGGGGGCGGCGCAUGGCCUGGCAGGCAUCUACUUCAUGCUGAUGCAGCCGGGGGCCAAGCUGAGCCAGGAAGUUCUGACGGAGCUGGUGAAGCCCAGUGUGGACUACGUGAGGCACAAGAAGUUCCGUUCUGGGAACUACCCGUCGUCGCUGAGCAACGAGACGGACCGGCUGGUGCACUGGUGCCACGGCAGCCCGGGGGUCAUCCACAUGCUCAUCAUGGCCCAUAAGGUGUUUAAGGAGGAGAAGUAUCUGAAGGACGCAGUGGAGUGCGGUGAGCUCAUCUGGCAGCGGGGUCUGCUUCGUAAGGGCUACGGCAUCUGCCAUGGCACGGCGGGCAAUGGCUACGCCUUCCUCUCCCUCUACCACCUGACGCAGGAGAAGAAGUAUCUCUACCGAGCCUGCAAGUUUGCCGAGUGGUGCUUGGGGUACGGGACACACGGAUGCCGCAUACCGGACAGACCGUACUCCCUGUUUGAAGGUAUGGCGGGGGCUAUCCACUAUCUUUCUGAUGUGAUCGAGCCUGAAACUUCCUGCUUCCCGGCCUUUCAACUUUGAUCUCUGCUUUUGGGUGGAUCUCGGACUACCUGGGUUGGGAUGACUCAGUGCCCCGGCGUUGACCCCCCCCCCCAGCCCAUGCAUGCUUUUCUUGUUCCC